GAAUCUCAGCAAGUCAGAGACGAGAUGGAGCGGACUAUCCCGAUCUGUUACAAACGAUACAGGCAGACUGUCGCACGCUCUUGUCGCCGGAAUGAAGUGACUCAUCUACUGAACAGCGUUUGACCAUAUUUGAAAAGCAGCACAUUGGACGCCAGCAUAUCCAACGCAGGGCAAGAUACGACACUGACAACACCAACCAUCCCUCCUUGAACCUCAGCUUGAGCGAUUCACUCCACACAUCGUCGCUGUUUGCACAUAUCGAGCCUGGGAUCUAAUCACCUCAGGAAUUUCUCGACACUAUACCCUCUGACUGCACAACACCUAGGUCGCAUACUACCCACCCGAACGCUCAGGCCAGACAGCCAUCAACAUGAGCCGCACACUCGAAUACCCCAAAACCGCCCGCAACACCGUGGUCCGGCGCGGUCACCGGGGCAAAUACGACCUCGAGACCAUCCACACGCUGAUCAACACCAGCCUGGUUCUGAACGUCUCCUUUGCACCCAGCCCUGAUACGGACGAAGACUUCCCCGUCAUCCUCCCAAUGAUCGGGGUCAUGGGUUCAUUCGAGAACCCGUCCGCCGGCCUCGACGAGCCCCUCGACUGUUACUUGCACGGCUACGUAUCCAACAGACUAAACAACCUGGUACGCAAGGCUCACGAUGCGGGUAAGCCAGGCCUACCACUAUGCCUGUCCGCGACUAAAGUCGACGGCCUGCUGCUCGCCCUCUCCGGCUUCAACCAUUCGUACAACUACCGCUCAGCGUGCCUGUUCGGCUAUGCCAACAUUGUAACCGAUCCGGAGGAAAUCGUGUAUGGCAUGCGGAUCAUCACCGACAAAGUCGUGCGCAACAGAUGGGACAACACGCGUUUGCCGCCCACGAAAGCAGAUAUUGCCAGCACAGGUGUCUUGCGCGUGACGAUCAAAACCGGUAGCGGCAAAAUCAAGGCCGAUCCGCCCAGUGACGACAAGGCCGAUAUGGAGAACGAGGAGAUGCGCCAGAGUGUCUGGGCAGGGUAUAUUCCAGUGACGGAAAACCUGGGCGAGCCCGUCCCGGCAGUGUACAACAGAGUCGAUGCGGUGCCGGAGUACGUAGCGCAGCAUCGGAGUGAUGUUAAUGAUGAGUCCAAGCAGUAUUCGGAAGAGUUGGUCCAGAAGGUGCUGCAGGCUCAAUGACAGCAGCUCGGGAUCCAGAAUAUGAAAUAAACAAUGUUUGUUCUUAUCCUUA